AUGCUGCGCCUGGGGCUGUGGGCCACCGCCCUGCUCUGCGCCUGCCAGCCCGGCCCGGCCCGGGGCGACUGCUGGCUGAUCGAAGGGGACAAGGGCUACGUGUGGCUGGCCAUCUGCAGCCAGAACCAGCCGCCCUACGAGACCAUCCCCCAGCACAUCAACAGCACGGUGCACGACCUGCGCCUCAACGAGAACAAGCUGAAGGCCGUGCUGUAUUCCUCCCUGAGCCGCUUCGGCAACCUGACGGACCUCAACCUGACCAAGAACGAGAUCUCCUACAUCGAGGACGGGGCCUUCCUGGGCCAGGUGAACCUGCAGGUGCUGCAGCUGGGCUACAACAAGCUGAGCAACCUGACGGAGGGCAUGCUGCGGGGCAUGGCCCGCCUGCAGUUCCUCUUCGUGCAGCACAACCUGAUCGAGGCCGUCACGCCCGCGGCCUUCUCCGAGUGCCCGGGCCUCAUCAGCAUCGACCUGUCCUCCAACCGGCUCAGCCGCCUGGACGGCACCACCUUCGCCGGGCUGGGCGGGCUGAUGGUGUGCGAGUUGGCGGGCAACCCCUUCCGCUGCGACUGCGGCCUGUACGGCUUCCUGGCCUGGCUGGUGGCCUUCAACAACGUGACCAAGAACUACGACCGGCUGCAGUGCGAGGCGCCCCGGGAGUUCGCCGGCUACCCGCUGCUCGUGCCCAGGCCGCACCACAGCCGCAACGCCAUCACUAUCUUCCAGGCCAUGUGCCGGGACGGGGCCGCCCCGUCCCGCCCCUCCGGCCGCCCCACGCCCUUCGCCCCGGACCCCCAGAGGGACCCGGACGAGAACUCCGGGUUCAACCCGGGGGACUUCCUGUCGGUGGAGCCCCCGGCCUCGUCGUCGUCGUCCUCCUCCUCCUCGUCCUCGUCGUCGUCCUCCUCCUCGUCGUCGUCCUCGUCGUCGUCCUCCACCACCGACUCCGCCUUCAGCCCCACCAUCAAGCUCCACCACGUCACCUUCACCUCGGCCACCCUGGUGGUGACCAUCCCGUCGCCCUUCAGCAAGAUGUACGUCCUGGUGCAGUACAACGACAGCUUCGUGUCGGACGUCAUGACCCUGAAGAACAAGAAGGAGAUCGUCACGCUCAGCAAGCUCAGGGCCCGCACGGACUACACUUUCUGCGUGGCCUCCAUCCGCAACUCCAAGCGCUACAACCACACCUGCCUGUCCUUCGCCACGCGGGACCCGGUCCCCGGCGACCCGGCGCCCAGCACGUCCACCACCACCCAUUACAUCAUGACCAUCCUGGGCUGCCUCUUCGGCAUGGUCCUCGUCCUCGGGGCCGUCUACUACUGCCUGCGGAAGCGGCGGAGGCGGGAGGAGAAGCAGAAGUCGCUCAGCGUCAAGAAGACCAUCCUGGAGAUGCGCUACGGGGCGGAGGCCGAGGCGGGCCCGAAGCUGGGGGACCCUCCGGUCCUGCCCGUCUCCCGGAUGUCCUCCAUCCCCUCCAUGAUCGGCGAGAAGCCCCCUCCCCCGCCCAAGGGGCUGGACGCCGGGCCGGACACCCCCAGGGCGGCCACCAAGGGCAACUACAUGGAAGUGCGCGGGGGCGGGGGCGACGGGCUGGUCCGGCCCGACGACGACCUCCGGGACCUGGACAACGGCCGGGGCUCGGCCGCCGAGAUCUCCACCAUCGCCAAGGAGGUGGACAAGGUCAACCAGAUCAUCAACAACUGCAUCGACGCCCUCAAGCUGGACACGGCCUCCUUCCUGGGCGGCGGCGGCGGCGGCGGCGUCGGGGGGGCCGGGGGCGACCCGGACCUGGCCUUCGACUGCCAGUCCAUCCCCGCCGGCUCGGCCACGGGGCUGGACCGGCCGGGCUUCCUCUCGCCCCCCUACAAGGAGAGCGCCCACCACCCCCUGCAGCGGCAGCUGAGCGCCGACGCCGCCGUGGCCCGCAAGACCUGCAGCGUCUCGUCCAGCGGGUCCAUCAAGAGCGCCAAGGUGUUCAGCCUGGACGUCCCGGAGCCGCCGCCGCCGCCCCCGGGGCUGGGCCAGGGCCUGGACGCCAAGUACCUGGACCAGGGCGGGCCCCUCGACCGGCUGCCCCUGGUGUCGGCCGGAGCCAUCCAGCACCUGGAGGUCCAGCCCCCCUAUCACUGCAGCGAGCACCGCCACUCCUUUCCGGCCCUCUACUACGAAGAGAGCGCCGACACCCUGAGCCCGCGAAUGCCCUUCCUCAAGCCCCUGGCCCGCUCCAAGCGGGACUCUGCCUAUUCCCAGCUGUCCCCCAGACACUACUUCUCGGGCUACUCCUCCAGCCCCGAGUACUCCUCCGAAAGCACCCACAAGAUCUGGGAGCGCUUCCGCCCCUACAAGAAGCACCCCCGGGAGGAGGUGUGCAUGGCCGCCGGACACGCCCUGCGCAAGAAGGUUCAGUUCGCCAAGGACGAGGACCUCCACGACAUCCUGGAUUACUGGAAGGGGGUCUCGGCCCAGCAGAAGCUCUGACUUGGCCCUCCUGCGGUGA